UACCCUGCCCCUCGAGGAGCCCUGCCCGGUGCAUCUGAGCAUGCUCAGUACUGUCAAACGAAGCCCAAGUGCUGCUACACCUGUCAGAAAACCCUACAGUGUAGCACUCGUUGCUGGAUAGGGCAAAGGGAAGGGAUACUACGGGGCAAAGCGUCCUCGGGGGGGGGGCGAGUUCCGGCCGUACGGCGAGGAAGUCAUCGUUACGACGCUAGCCAAGAUGGCGGCGCCCAUGGCCGCUCUUCCGGGCCGGGCCCUGCGGGCUUACCAGGGACAGCGGCUGCUGCGCCUGUGGCUUGGUCGCGGCGUGUGCGGCGGGGCGAGGCGCCCUGCAGCCGCCGCCAAUGGUGGGGAGACUCACUUCGGGUUCCAGACCGUGUCGGAGGCGGAGAAAGGAGAGAAGGUUUAUCAGAUUUUUAAAAAUGUGGCCAAGAAGUAUGACCUAAUGAAUGAUUCAAUGAGCUUGGGGAUCCAUCGUGUCUGGAAGGAUAUCCUGCUGCGUCAAAUGAACCCUUACCCUGGAACUCAGUUGCUUGAUGUUGCGGGAGGGACAGGUGAUAUCGCCUUUCGCUUCAUCCAUUAUGUUCAUUCCCAGCGGGAACAUCGGGCCCGACAGAAGCUGAGAUCCCAUCAGAAUUUAUCAUGGCAGGAAAUUACCAAACUUUACCAAGAAGAAGAGCACAAAUCGCUGGGAGGCUCUCACGUAGUCGUCUGUGACAUUAACGAAGAGAUGCUGAAAGUCGGGAAGCAGAAAUCUCAACAGCUUGGCUACUCGGAAGGGUUGUCCUGGGUGGUUGGAAAUGCUGAAGAGCUGCCUUUCAAUGACAACAGUUUUGACGUUUACACCAUUGCUUUUGGUAUCCGGAAUGUCACUCAUAUUGACCAGGCACUUCAAGAGGCCUAUCGAGUCCUGAAACCAGGAGGACGAUUUCUCUGUCUAGAAUUCAGUCAUGUCAACAACAGCCUGAUAUCCAGGUUGGAUUAUGGCUCGUAUCUCAUGUUUCAUCAUCUUGAGCAAAUGCAUCUUUACACAAUAUUUCUCUACGAUCUCUACAGCUUCCAGGUGAUUCCUGUGUUGGGAGAGGUUAUUGCUGGUGAUUGGAAAUCCUAUCAAUAUCUUGUAGAAAGCAUCAGACGCUUUCCUGCUCAGGAGGAAUUCAAGGAAAUGAUUGAAGAUGCAGACUUUCUGAAGGUGGAAUAUCAAAACUUGGCUUCAGGCAUUGUGGCCAUUCACUCUGGCUUCAAGCUGUGACCAUGCUGUAGCAUUUAAAAAACUACUAAGACUGAACAAUUUCCUGAUGGUGAAAUUCAAGUAUCUUGGACUUCUAGUGUGUGCAGUGAUGCCAUAAAAAUAGACUCAUGAAAAGACUUAAAAUUCAGCUUCUUCAAAGGAAAAGUCUCAAUUCUUUUGUAUCUUUCAAGACAACAGCUGUGCCUAUUUAAAGCCGCUAUGGAUUUUGUCAGGUGGUGAUAUGAGGGUUUACAUUAGUCACUUGAAACGGGGAUGUGACUUCUGUGCAUUUUUAAUAACUGGAUUUUUAUGAAUGGUUUUAAAGUACAUGCAGCAUUAAGGACAUAAGAACUCUAGGCUCGUGUGUUCCAAUCAUGUCAACUGUUUUGUGAAAGACAUAACUAGCCUUGGAGCAAAUGUUUUUCACGUACACUAGCAGCUAGUGAGUACUUAUUUUCAAAUAAUUCUGCUUCAUUGAAAAGUGGGAUGAAAGAGGCUUUGAAGCAUGCUGUGUGUUUCUGAAAGCUCUUAACUAAUUUUCUCUGCCACGGAAAUACCUUGAUUGGAUCUGUACAUUCUCUGUGCAUUAAUAUUGCCCUCAGCUGAUGUAUCAAGUGGCACAUGUAGCUGUGUGGACAUAGGAAAGGUUGUGCCGCCGGGUUGAGGGUGACCACAGAGCCGUGUGGUUUUCUUGGUAGACCUAUUGUAUCCACAGGAAAGCCAACAGUAUCCUAUACUGCCCUAGAGCAGAGGUUGACAGCUUUCUAGAAAUGGUAAGCCAAGUCUUCAGGGGCAGGCCAAGGAAGGGUGCUGCUCCAAGCAAAGCUGGAGUCGCCUGCCUCAGACCAGGCCACGCCACCACCAUGGCCCCAGCCAUUGGAUCCACCACCAUGCUGAUCACCACCUCUCUGCCUGCUGGCAGGGUUGAGUACUGUCCUCUAGCCAGCAUUAAGCACUUGCUAGCUGGUCUGUACUCUUCAAACUUGUGUGCUCGGUCUCCAUUUCAGGAGCAUCUUGGUUGUUGGAGCAUAAUAAUAAUACGAUUUCUAUACCGCCCUUCCAAAAAUGGCUCAGGGUGGUUUACAAAGAGAAAUAACAAACAAAUAAGAUGGCUCCCUGUCCCCAAAGGGCUCACAUUCUAAAGAAACAUAAGACACACACCAGCAACAGUCACUGGAAGUACUGUGCUGGGGGUGGAUGGGUUCAGUUACUCUCCUCCUGCUAAAUAAAGAGAAUCACCACGGUAAAA